ACUAAUCCAGGCAGUUUCCAGGAGUCAAAACUGACUCAAAGUCACACAAAAAAGAUAUAGAUGUGCCGCAUCUAUGUCUUCACUUGUCUGCUUGUCUAGUAAGCAUUUGAAAUUCUGUUAAGAACUCUAUAUUUGCUCUAUUCAGAGUCCUAUGAUGGGCAGGUCUACCUCUUCUGAAUUUCUGAAUCAUCAGAGCUUCCAAAAGUUAGCUGACUGUGCUUAGAGAAUCCUUGGCAAUGCAAAAAAUCUGUAAAAAGGAGCUUAAACAUAUACCCACAUCUCCUGGUUCAAUUUACUUAUAUCCCUGAGCAGCCAAUGUCUGCACAGAAUUUUAUGGCUUUUAGUAAAAGAUAACAAAAGAGGAAAGCGACCACAAGGGCAGGGACAUGCAGCAUGCUUAUUAUUAUAUACUUUGUACAUGAGGAAAAUCAUUAACAGUGUCUUUCCUUAGCUUUAGCAUUACUAUGUGAUGCUAUCUGCAUACCUCAGCAGAAGAGAUGGUUAUGUAUAACAUACUACUUAGUUUGUUGUACUUAUUUCAUCUUUACUGUAUAAUUAUUCAGUAAAACCCAGUGGACUGUUUCUUGCACUGUGUCUAUCAUGCAAUGUGUCUAUUGCACAAUGAGCUUUAGAAUUCAGUUGAGAGCAUUGCUUAAGCUUAUUUGAAUGGGCCUGCUUUCCAAUUUAAUGGCCUUUUCAAAUUUUUAUGAUUCCACAAGGAAAGUAAUAGAAACUGUGAAAGACAACACAAUUGUUUUCACAAACUCUUUCUAGUUUUCUCAUGGCUGACAUAAUCAAAAGUGGAUUAUAUUUUAUUAAGCUAUCUUCAGAGCUAUGGUUAUGGCCAUUUCAAUCUUUUUCUGGGCCUUAUAAUCAAUUAGUCUCUCAUUUUACAUUGUUCUAUUUUUGGUCUCAAUUUUUUAUGACACUAGUAACCCAUCACAGAACUUUUCUCUCAUUGGCUAUUUAGUAUUAAGUCUUUAGCGCCUACUUAAACAUCAGAAGCUGCUUUGAAGAAGCUGUCACUAUUUUAAAACUCUCAAAGAGCUUUUUCACCUUCCUCAUUAAAGAAGUUUAUUUUUAACAGCUUCUGUCCUUUCUACUUCAUCAGUUUUUCUCUGAGAUAUUUGUUCUAUAUGAAUAUUUAAUAAAGAGGGGAAAAAAACUUUUAGAAUACCGCACUGUUCCUCAAAAGACGUGUAUCUCUGUUUUGCUUUAAAUAUGGGGAAUAUGGAUGGCAAAUCUGUUGAAGAACUGAGUACCACAGAGUGCCACCAGUGGUACAAGAAAUUUAUGACAGAGUGUCCCUCUGGACAAUUGACUCUACAUGAGUUUAAACAGUUUUUUGGACUGAAAAAUCUGAGUCAACCAUCAAAUGAAUACAUUGAACAAAUGUUUGAUACAUUUGAUUUUAAUAAGGAUGGCUACAUUGAUUUUAUGGAGUAUGUGGCAGCUCUAAGCUUGGUUCUGAAAGGGAAAGUGGAACAGAAGUUGAAGUGGUACUUCAAACUUUAUGAUGUCGAUGGUAAUGGCUGUAUUGACAGAGAUGAGUUGUUAAACAUCAUUAAGGCAAUUCGCACCAUUAAUCCAUGUCAAGAAAUCAUGUCAGCUGAGGAAUUCACAGAUAUGGUGUUCAAUAAAAUUGAUAUAAACGGAGAUGGUGAUUUGUCUCUUGAAGAAUUCAUAGAUGGAGUACAGAAAGAUGAGGUUCUACUUGACAUUCUCACCCGUAGCUUGGACCUCAAACAUAUCUUUGAAAUGAUCCAGAAUGAUGGAAAGAACCCUGAAACAUGUGGAAUAUCCACAAAAGAUGAAUAAGCAAAUUAUUAUUCUUUUAAAUAAUAAAUAUAAUAUUAUGAGAACAAAAAUUCAACACUAAAAAUUGUGACAAUUUAGAAUAUUUGUGUUGUAUGUAAAAGAGGCACUGUCUAUUAUGAACACAUUGAAUAACCGUUAUCAACGAUUGAUGAAGACAUCAGAUUGGCCUAGAAAAUUAAGGCAAUUAUCAAUACUUCUGGUCAGAUGAACACAUAAAAAUGAAAGAAUAUCCUUAGUUUAUUUGGUCUUUAAAGUGUCAGUGAGGAAAGUAAGUAUAAAAGAAUAUUAUGAUCCACAAGAUGCCUUGUGCCAUUUUGACUGCUUCUUGUGGUUGCUUCUUAUGGUGAAGAUACAAGUAAGCUAGAAGAGAAACAAAUUAAGGAAAAUUGAAAAAUACAGCUUUGGAUAGGAUAUCUAUUUUUUGAUCAUCCUAAGUAAUAGUGAGACCAAAUGGCAUCCAAGAUUGAAUAUCUAAAAAUGGUUCUUUAAAAUCAGUGGUGCAAAUCCCAUUUACUCAAAUUGAUGUCAAGUCUGUAAAUCUAUUAUAACUUCUUUGAUAUAAGCCUUUUUGCAUAUUCAGAAGUUCUUUUUAAUAUUGCCCAAGAACAAUAUUUUGGCUUUAUAUAGAUUUAGCACAUGCCGUUUAAAGAUUAAGUACUAUAUUUUACUAUAGCAAAUGUUACUCUUAUAAGAAUAUGCUAUUUUUUCACAAAAUAAUUCACCCUUUGAUCUGGGUUCUUUAUAUGUGCAUAUAGUAUUUUGUUUCCCUAAAACAAUUCUGUAUUUUUUUUUUAAAAAGGGACUUAUUAUUUCUCUAAGUACUUUUUUACAGGAAAUGAAGCAUAGUUUAGGUUUAGUUGGUAUCAGAUUGACACUCAAAUUCAGGUACAUAGAGAAAACCCCAGAUGCUAAAAUAUUUUCUAAAUUGAUUAAGCUUUAAAUUAUAUUCAUUUAUUAGGGAUUUUGUAGCCUAAGCAUUACAAUGACUACAAUGAAAAAAAAUCAUUCUUAAAAAAAAA